AUACGAUAAUGCUUUGCAUUUCAGAAAAGAUGCAAAGUUUAGGAGUUAACGAAAGGACGUGAAGGAUUCUAACAAAAUAACUUAUCAGAUCUUCAAUGAUGGCCUCCAAAAGACGCAGUGCCCGAUCUACAAAGUCGAUUAAAUACUUCGACAAGGAGGUCUCUAGCGAGGAUGAGAAUGAGGAUCCAAAGUUAAAAAAGGCCAAAAUAAAGCUUAAAGAGAUGAUGAAUGAAGACAGCGACGCUGAGUCUGAUUUCGAGGCUGAACUGAAGAAGGAAGAGGUUAAAGUGGAGGAUCCUAGUUCCGAGGAUGAAAUAUCGGAGACUGAAGAGAGGAUGGAACAGGAGGCUAUGAUGACUGACUACUACAAGGGUACACAAACAAGUCUGAAAUCUGGAAACUUCUUGAAACCUAUGGGCAGCUUGAAACCUUUAACAGGGUUAAAACCAAAACUUGGUGGUAGAUUAAAAGCUGGAAGCAGAAUUGAACCUAAGAGUAGUUUACAGCUCUCAGAUUCUGGAUCUUCUAGUGAUGAAGAUGAGAGAGAAAGGAGAAAGGAAAGAAAUCUGGCAGGUAGAGUAAAGGUAGAAAGCAGAAGUUCAAGUAUGGAGGAAGAAAAGACCGGUGAGGGAGAUGAUGCACAGUCUAGUCAAACUCUUAUAGCUUUAGCGCAGAACCUAACUAGGAACCAUUUUAGUCUCGUAAAUUAUAGAAUGUAGAUUCUGAUCAUUUUCUGUAUAUUUUUUUAAUAAAAUGCCGUUUAAAACUUAAAAA